AUGCCCCAAAUAGGCAUCAUCUGCGGCAGCCAACGCACCCCCCGAGCAGGCGACCAAAUCACCAACUUCGUCCACUCAACCAUUCAGCAAGUCUCCUCCAACACCACUAUCCACUUCAUCGACAUAGCGGCCCUCUCCCUCCCCUUCUUCAACGAGCCCGGCAUACCAUCCAAGAUCCUCUCCCCGGAAGACUACACGCACCAACACACGCGCGCCUGGUCCCGCCAAAUAUCUGCCCUAGACGGCUUCGUCUUCGUCACACCCCAAUACAACUGGGGUAUACCCGCGGGCCUAAAAAACGCAAUAGACUACCUUUUCCAUGAGUGGAAGGGCAAGCCAGCUGUCAUUGUGAGCUAUGGCGGCCACGGGGGCGAUAAAGCUGCCAGGGCGUUGAAGCUGUGUCUUGAAGGUGGGAUAGGGAUGCAGAUUAAGGAGGAAAUGGUUGUUAAUUUGGCAUUUCCGAGCAGAGAAGUGUUGAAGAAGGCGGCGAGGGGCGAGGAUCUGGAGCUAGAUGGGUCUGAUAUUUGGGUUAAUGAGAAGGCGGAUAUUAUUGCCGCUUGGGAGGAAAUGCUUCGUUUGCUGGGAUAG